AUGUUGCACAAUUCACGGCCCGCGGUGGCGAGUCUGAUGGCAUCUCUGUCUCUGUCUCUCCUCAACCACGUGCGACCGGCCGCGGCAGCAGACAACUGGUCCGCCAGCUUCGUGUUCCCGGCCACGACGGGCUACGUGAUGCACAACAUGGACGUCAUGGACGUCAGCUACACCUCCAACUACCCCAACGCCAGCCUGUGGGCGUUUUGCUACAACGGAAAACCUGAGAGCGCCAACCAAAUCAUCAUGGGCGUGUACAAGAACGCGCACCCAUUCGACGGCUCCCAGCUCUUCCAGUUCAACAACGGCUUCUCCUCCGACAACUGCUGGUACAACCUGCGCAACCUCGACGACGAGGAAAGGGGCCUCAAUGGCGUCCGCUUCUCGUACGACUGGAAGACGCGCGACAAGCCGUCCACACUGAAGCUAGGCAGCCGGCCCGAGAUCACCGACGCCCCAAGCAGCACCGCCACCGACGUGCCGGCCUCUACCUCGGCCACGGCCACGCCUGCACCUCCCGCGUCCUCAACCGCCGCCGCAUCGAGCGGUGCAUCUUCCGGUAGUGGCAUCUCGUCCGCAGCGGGGUCCGCGACAGCCGUGCCGGGCUCGAGCUCCGGGGCGCAAUCGAGCGGCGCCUCCGCCUCGGCGACGGCCAGCCAGAGCCCCUCCGACAGCACCAAACCCCCAGCAGGAAGCUCCGGGGAGCCGCCGCUGCUCAACAACUCGACGACCCCGCUCAUCAACAACAGCACCGGCGGAGGCGGCGACACCACCUCAUCGCAGGUGCGGCUCGGCAGCGGCAUCAUCGCUGGCAUCGUCGUCGGCGCGGUCCUCGGCGUCCUCGGCAUCGUCGGCUUCCUCGCCGCGCUGUGGCUCAUGAAGCGACGGCGGAGCGCGGGGAGGAGCACGCUGAUGAGGCGCGCGCCGCGGGACCGCGAGUCCAAGGAUCCCACGUUUGACAGGGCCGAGGUGGACGGCAAGUGUCUGCCAGGGGAGCUCUGCGGGGAUAACAAGCCCAACAAAGAAGGCUUGGUGGAACUUCCUGGUUAG